UUGAACGUUGUUUCUAUUGUGCACACGAGUGAUAUGCUGCCAUCAUUGCCAUUCCCCAUGCAUCCCAAAAUGCAUGAGGAUCAGACGCUGGUAUUUUCGACUAAAGAGGACGAGGAGGAGCGACGACACAUACGAAAAGUGCAGAAUGCCUUUCAGUACUACAGACGGUAUGCGUAUCUGAGGGUGAACAAGACAGAAGAUUAUCUGAAUAGUUUGGCUGCGGACGAUCAGCGUCUCCUGUCCAAAUACCGUUCGCAUUUGGACAACGUGCGCAACUGCAUCGACUGCAAUCAGGCUGUGAUUCGAGAGAUUUUGCGGGAUCGUCUUCUCUAUCCAACGGGAGAUAAUGCCACAGACGUCAGCGAUGCCAGCCAGCUGGACGAGGCGCCCGAACAUGUUCGACAUGGUGACAUGGAUCAAACUAAUUUUCGUGUUGAUGGUCAAGAUGAUGAUGAUGUUGCUGAUGAUGUUGUUGAACCUCUCAAAAUUUUAAAGGCUCAAUCGACACUGAAACUGAUAGCGCGCGACUGGAGCUCCGAGUGCGCCGUGGAGCGUGAGCAAUCCUACAAGCCCAUCAUCGACAGCAUCGAGGAGUAUUACAAGCCGACUGAUUACAAACUGAACGAGAUUAAGAUUCUGGUGCCCGGCGCUGGUCUGGGCAGGCUCACCUAUGAGCUCGCCUGUCGCGGCUAUGCGUGCGAGGGCAAUGAGUUCUCCUACUUCAUGCUGAUCGCAUCGAAUUUUGUGCUCAACCUGUGCGACUACGAGGACAAGCAUGUCCUGUAUCCCUGGGUGCAUCAGUAUGUCAACAAUAUGCGUCGCGCCGAUCAGGUGGCACCCGUACGCUUCCCAGACGUUUGCCCCGUCAAAUAUCCGCCCAAGGGCAACAUUGAGAUGGCAGCGGGUGACUUUCUCGAGGUGUACAAAACGCCGAAUGCCUACAAUUGUGUCGCCACCUGCUUCUUCAUCGACUGCGCCAACAAUGUGAUUGACUUUAUACGCACCAUUUACAAAAUUCUAGUGCCUGGUGGCAUUUGGGUGAAUCUCGGACCGCUGCUGUACCACUACAGCGACAUCAGCGGGCAGAACAGCAUUGAGCCGACGUACGAGGAUCUGGUCAUCAUUAUGGAGAGCAUCGGCUUUGACAUAAUCAGCACACACACCGGCAUCAGCACCAAAUAUGCACAGAAUCCGCUAUCGAUGAAGCAGAGCAAAUACAAAAGCCUCUUCUGGGUCUGCCGCAAGCCGCCAAACAACUUCGAUCAGCAACAGCAGCAGAAGCAGCAGCAGCAACAGGAGCCACCAGAUUUGAUAGUACACCAAAGCAACAAAGAUGUCAAUCCUGAUGUCCAUGUUGAUUUUGAGACUGAACGCCAACGCGAACGCGAACCAAAGCAAACGUGAUAUCAAACACAACCAAACAAAGAGUACACCUUGAUCUAGACACACUCGACACUAGACACCACACCCACCCGCUCAUUAUAUACAUAAUCACUCUAUAUAUAUACACAUACAUAUAUAUAUAUAUA